AUGGGAACUCCAAGCCAGCCAUUUCUACCAGCAAUUCCUAAUGUGUCUGGAAGCAGAGUGAAUUCCCUGGAAGACCGACUAUCUAAUCAGGAGCGUACCACUGCUGUGCUUCUGGAUCAGGCAUUUCGGAUCAAAGAUGGCAUUGUUUCAUACCUUCAGGGAAAUAAGAACUUUCAGCAAGGGGAGGCAGCAGCUCACCAGCUAUUGGAAAAUCACAUCCAGACAAUCACAAGUGUUGUUAAAAAGCUGAGCCACGACAUAGAGGAGUUGGAGAGACAAAUAAAAGCCAGAGAUGAAGUAACAUCAGGAACUAAUUUUGCUGUGCAAAGUCUGGAUCAUAAACAGAUGCAGGGAGUUGGGGACCUACGUGGAAGAGUGGCCAGAUGCGAUGCUAGCAUUGCCAAACUCUCUGGAGAUAUCAAUAUCAGCAGGCAUGAGAUUUCAAAACUAGAGAAAGAAUUUCAAGCUGUUCAGUCUUCCUUGGACAAUUAUAUGAAUAAUAUUGAGAUGAAGGUAAUGCAUCUUUUAGGCAAAAUAGAGACUUCAAACUCAGAGCAGACUUCAAAUUUAAAGACAAUACAGGGUGAUCAACACCAUGAAUUGCAGCUCUUGGACUUCAAGAUAAAUGGCAUUUUAAAUGAUUUUAAAGAUCAAAUUCAAAACCAACGAAAGUGGAUGGAAAGUGAGUUACGGAGAUCUGAACAAGAGCAAGUCCAUUUCACAAACCAGCUCUCUGCUACAAUCAAGGACAGAUUGGAAAUACUGGAAAAGAAAUUGGAAGAUGGGUUAUACUAUGUCUCCAAAAGAAUAGAAAAAAACACAGAAAAAACAUUGCAAUUUGAUGUGGAACUCAGCCAGGUGAAAAAUGAUCAAAAUAAACUACAUGCAAAGAUUGCCAGGUUUGAAAAGCUGAUGUGGACUGAACUAGAAGGAAUGCAAAAUGAAUACAGAUCAGGAUUUCAAUCUAUCCGUGACUCUCUUGACGCGCUCAAACAUAUACAGACAACAAAGCUAAAACUUGAAGAAGAGAAAUUCAAGCAAGAUAUGAAAAAGCUACAACGAAAACUCAGUGAACUGAAAGACUUGAAAACUCAGUGA